CCGAUUCGGAGCGGGGAGACCGAUGUUGUCCGUGAGCCCCGAACUAAGGGCCAAUUACUCAUUUAGUACCCAGUUAUCUGGGCCCGUCAGAAAUGUGCAGACUUCACUGAAUCUGCACUGAACGAUUCAAACCAGGAGCCCAGACCGUCUAUUUCCGCAGAAUUGAAAUGGGAGUCCCGCCAACAGGUCACGUGAGGCUGUUUACCGCAGCUCUGCCCCGCCCUCCCCUUUGUGACGCAAGAUCACGUGGUGUGAGUUAGACCUGCGGUGAGAGAUUUAUUGGAAGAAAAACCCCAACUGGAAGCAAACCACGACUGAAGACGAGGGAACAGCAACAAGUGAACCAGCCCGAGGAUUGAGAGCAUCAACUGGAGAGAACCCAGUGAUUCAGUCAGGAGAAAGUUUGGUCAAAAACACCAAGGAAUUUAUCUACAAGAAUCUCGAGAACAACACACCAGUUUUGCUGUCCCUGUCCAGAUAUUGAAGAAGUGGAGCAAAGGAUUCACUCGAUCAUCCUUCCUGCUCAGACUGUGGGGAGGGAAUCACUCGGUCAAUUCAACUGAAGGUACAUUAGCAAGUUCACACUGGGACAAGGCCAUUCGCCUGUUCUCAGUCUUCCCACCUGUGGACACACCAGUCAGUUUACACUGGGCAGAGGCUGGUCAUCUGCUGAAUUGGUGGGGAAGAAUUCACUCGGUCAUCUGACCUAAUGGUUCACCAGCGAGUUCAUACUGGGGAGCGGCCAUUCACCUGCUCAGUGUGUGGGAAGGGAUUCACUUGCUCAUCUAAGCUGAAGGUACAUCAGCGAGUUCACACUGGAGAGAGGCCAUUCACCUGCUCGAACUGUGGGAAGGGAUUCACUUUGUCAUCUCACCUGCUGAGACACCAGUCAGUUCACACCGGGGAGAGGCCGUUCACCUGCUCAGUCUGUGGGAAGACAUUCACUCAGUCAUCCACCCUCCAGAGACAUCAGCGAGUUCAUACUGGGGAGAAGCCAUUCACCUGCUCAGACUGUGGAAAGGGAUUCAGUCGGUCAUCCUCCCUAUUGGCACACCAGUCAGUUCACACUGGGGAGAGGCCGUUCACUUGCUCAGAAUGUGGGAAAGGAUUCACUCAGUCAUCCGAACUACUGGAACACCAGUCAGUUCACAGUGGGGAGUGGCCAUUCACCUGCUCAAACUGUGGGAAGGGAUUCACUCGGUCAUCUACCCUCAUGGCACACCAGCGAGUUCACACCGGGGAGCGGCCGUUCACCUGCUCAAUCUGUGGGAAGGGAUUCCAUCGAUCAUCCAACCUUCAUAGACACCAGCGAUUUCACACUGGGAAGAGGCCGUUCACUUGCACAGACUGUGGGAAGGGAUUCACUCGGUCAUCCGACCUACAGAGUCACCAACGAGUUCACACUGGGGAGAAGCCGUUCACCUGCUCAGACUGUGGGAAGAAAUUCAUUUCGUCAUCUCACCUACUGAGACACCAGUCAGUUCACACUGCAGAGAGGGAUUUCACCUGCUCAGUCUGUGGGAAGGGAUUCACCCAGUCAUCUGAACUACUGGCACACCAGUCAGUUCACAGUGGCGAGUGGCCAUUGACCUGCUCAGACUGUGGGAAGAGAUUCACUGGGUCAUCCACCCUAAUAGCACACCAGCGAGUUCACACCGGGGAGCGGCCGUUUACCUGCUCAGUCUGUGGGAAGGGAUUCACUUGCUUAUCUAAGCUGAAGGUACAUCAGCGAAUUCACACUGGAGAGAGGCCAUUCACCUGCUCGAUCUGUGGGAAGGGAUUCACUUUGUCAUCUCACCUACUGAGACACCAGUCAGUUCACACUGGGGAGAGGCCGUUCACCUGCUCAGCUUGUGGGAAGACAUUCUCUCAGUCAUCCACCCUACAGAGACACCAGCGAGUUCACACUGGGGAGAAGCCAUUCACCUGCUCAGACUGUGGAAAGGGAUUUAGUCGGUCCUCCUCCCUAUUGGCACACCAGUCAGUUCACACUGGCAAGAGGCCGUUCACCUGCUCAGACUGUGGGAAAGGAUUCACUCAGUCAUCCGACCUACAGAGUCACCAGCUAGUUCACACUGGGGAGAUGUUGUUCACCUGCACAGACUGUGGGAAGGGAUUCACUCAGUCAUCCGACCUACAGAGCCACCAACGAGUUCACACUGGGGAGAUGCUGUUCACCUGCUCAGACUGUGGGAAGAGAUUCACUUUGUCACCUCAGCUACCGAGACACCAGUCAGUUCACUCUGGGGAGUGUCUGUUCACCUGCUCUGACUGUGGGAAGGGAUUCACUCAGGCAUCUCACCUGCUGAGACACCAGUCAAUUCACACUGCAAAGAGGAAUUUCACCUGCUUAGAAUGUGGGAAGAGAUUAUCUCACUCUUCCACCCUCCAGAGACAUCAGCGAGUUCACACUGGGGAGAGGCCAUUCACCCGCUCAGACUGUGGGAAGGGAUUCACUCGGUCAUCCACUCUGAUGGCACACCAGCAAGUUCACACAGGGGAGCGGCCGCUCACCUGUUCAGACUGUGGGAAGGGAUUCACUUGCUCAUCUAAGCUGAAGGUACAUCAGCGAGUUCACACUGGAGAGAGGCCAUUCACCUGCUCAGAAUGUGGGAAGGGAUUCACUUUGUCAUCUCACCUACUGAGACACCAGUCAGUUCACACUGGGGAGAGGCCAUUCACCUGCUCAGCCUGUGGGAAGACAUUCACUCAAUCAUCCACCCUACAGAGACACCAGCGAGUUCAUACUGGGGAGAAGCCGUUCACCUGCUCAGACUGUGGAAAGGGAUUCAGUCGGUCAUCCUCUCUUUUGGCACACCAGUCAGUUCACACUGGGGAGAGGCCGUUCACCUGCUCAGACUGUGGGAAAGGAUUCACUCAGUCAUCCGAACUACUGGCACACCAGUCAGUUCACACUGGGGAGUGGCCGUUCACCUGCUCAAACUGUGGGAAGGGAUUCACUCGGUCAUCUACCCUAAUGGCACACCAGCGAGUUCACACCGGGGAGCGGCCAUUCACCUGCUCAGUCUGUGGGAAGGGAUUCUAUCGGUCAUCCAACCUUUAUAGACAUCAGCGAUUUCACACUGGGGAGAAGCCAUUCACCUGCACAGACUGUGGGAAGGGAUUCACUCAGUCAUCCGACCUACAGAGUCACCAACGAGUUCACACUGGGGAAAAGCCGUUCACCUGCUCAGACCGUGGGAAGGGAUUCACUCUGUCACCCGAACUACUGGCACACCAGUCAGUUCACAGUGACGAGUGGCCAUUGACCUGCUCAAACUGUGGGAAAGGAUUUACUUUAUUAUCUCACCUACGGAGACAGCAGUCAGUUCUCACCGGGUCGAGGCCAAUCACCUGCUCAGACAUUGGGAAGAGGUUCUCUCAGCCAUGUCCACCAAAUGUGCAUCAUUGAGUUCACACUGAGGAGACGCCAUUCACUUGCUGUGAUUGUGGGAAGGGAUUCACUCAGUAAUCCAACCUUGUGACACACUACGGGGCUCACACUGGGGAUAAAGUUUCAAUGAGCUGCAUGCUGGAUAUUUGUCCAUCACCAUUGCUGAAUGCAAUUUUGAGAGUGACUGUCGGUGCUGAACUCUGCAAUUAUUGCUGCUGCUCACCACACCCAGUUCUGCAUCUUGGUCACUGGGCAUGAGAGGAGUUUCUUCUGCUGCACAUUCACCUUUAAUGGGACUGGAGUUUAAUAUUCUGGGUCUGUGACAAAUACAUCAGUUCUAUUUUGAAGUCUGUCUCCGGUACUUAGUGAAUUUAUAACACACCUAAUGUAGAGUAAAGAUGCAACUCAGGCCGGCUGGACCCUGCCAGUGAUUCUGUUCCACGACGGUCUUUUAAAUCCUCCCUUGUUGUUCAUCUCUCUCUCCCUGUGGGAUGGGUUCCAAACAGUCACCACUCUGUGGGUGAAGAGGUUUCCCUUGAACUCUCUGCAGUCUGAAGAAGUCAAGCUGACUGCAGUUCUGUUUGAGAUGUUCUUCACCCUUCUAAUCUCUGGGCUGAGGAAGAAUGACAUUGGUAGAUAACCUCCUUAUUCAUGGCUCACUUCCACAUUAUGGGUCAUUUUCCCUGCUUCUAAAAGGUUGUUGGAAAACACCACUGUCCUCUAAAGACUGAAAUCAAAAUGGGAAACCAUUAGUUGGAUGUUCAGUGAAGUAGGGUCAGAAACCAGAGGCAGGUCUGCACAGGGCAGAGUUUGGGGCUCUGGACGAUGGUCAGGGUAAGAACGUAUGAUGAGGAGAAGGGAAUCAGUAGCGGGGUCGUGGCAAUGAAUGACAGAGUAACAACAUUUGGAAGCUGAUUGACAGAGAAAAUCUUUCGGUUGUCUGACUGAUGACACAAACAAUACCUGUGGUGAGAUGCUCCACUGGUCGAGGGACAUGUGUGUGUUGGGAAUGGUUUUAUCUAUUGAAGGAGUUGUUCCUGAUUGUUUAUACUGUAAUAUUAUAUCUGAAUGGUUAUUAUGGAUUGUCCUAUCUGAAUAAAUGUCUUGAUUUUCAUAUAAUUUGUAUGGUUUUGACUCUAAAACUGGAUCUGGCUUGAAUUUAUGGUGCCUUUAUGGAGUGAUGGAGGGCAUUCAUGAGUUUGUAUUUUAAAGCAAGAGUUUGGUGAAUGAUAUUUGCCACUUGAUUGUAUCUUUGUAAGUGAUCAAAUUGCAUUAAACUGCUGCAGGAUCCUGGAAUGUGUUGAAUCGUGUCUGGUUUCUCUUGGCAUUUUCUGCACUUACUGCCUUGUUUGUUUAUAUUUCAUGUAUUUUCGAGUUUUUUUUUUCCCCUUUUGUUAACCACCUUGUCCUGUAUUUCUGCAAGGAACCCCUCUGUUUCUGGGAAGAGGUCUCCAACUCUCAGUCAGGUGCUCGAUGCUUCCUUGUCACCAUCUCGUCUGCUCAGAUCAUUGGGAUGUCUCCCAUGGAGGGUCAUACUCAUUCCACUGGUUAAUGUUUUCUUCAAUCGUGAUGAUUCAUUUUUCUGAGUUGGCCUCUCAUUUAAGUUUUCUGGUCUGUAUUUCUUAUCACGAUUGCAUAUACACACAUGGAGUGCUGAAUCCUGUUCACUUUUGUUGAAAAUAUACACUUACUGUUGUGUGAUUUUUUAUUUCAUGUGUGUUAUUUCUCUUCCUCCUUCUGUCGAAGGUAGUGUUAAUCUAAGUGUGCUUGAGUGUAAAUAGGCUUUUCUAAAGUUCUUAUUUAUCUUUGUAAAUUUUACUGAUUGAAAUGGGACAAAGAUAUUUUUAUAUAGAAAAGUCAAUGUCGGUAUUGAUGAAAGUGUUUACUGCCUUCGUUGUAUUUGUUAACUUUGAGGUCUGUUUGGCAGGUUUUUUUAAAGCCUUGAACUCAAUUUUGUCAAGUAUCACUAUGACUAUGACUUCCUAUUUUCUUUGCUUGUGGAUAUUCCAGAGACGUGGGUAUCAAGAGUCCCGAUGAAGGGUCUUGGCCCGAAAUGAGGAUUCCCAUCUAUAGAUGCUGCCUGACAUGCUGAGCUCCUCCAGCACUUUGUGUGUAGUUCUCUAGAUUUCUACCAUCUGCAGGUCCUGUUGAUUCCCAGAUACUUACAUGUUUCUUGAAAGAACAAGCUGGUAGUGGGGUUCUACGGCUCUGUUUGUAAAAUAUUAAAUAAAAUUAGAAAGAGGUGACAGAGGGUUGGAAGGUGUAGAAUCUGUGGGUAGAAUUAAGGAACAGCAAAUGUCAAAAAAAAUCCCUGAUGGGAUUUGUAUGGAGACCUCCAAACAGUAGUAAGUAUGUGGGCCACAAAUUACAAUAGGAUAUAGAAAAUGUGUGCCAAAAGGGCAAUGUUACAGUAGUCAUGGGGGAUUGUCAUGCAGGUGACUAGGAAAAUUAGCAUGGUGUUGGUUUCAAGAGGAGGAAUUCCUAGAGUUCCUACAAGAUGGUUUUGUAGAGCAGCUCAUGGUUGAAUCCACUUGGGGAUCAGUUAUGUUUGGGGAACAAAGGUGAUGAACUGAGAGCUUGGAUACAUACAUGGAAUUAUGAUGUAGUGGCUAUUACAGAGACUUGGCUGGCACCAGGGCAGGAAUGGAUUCUCAAUAUUCCUGGAUUUCAGUGCUUU